AUGGGCCAGGGGCUGGGGGCCAGGGGCCAGGCACAGAACCAAAAUCAAGAUUUUGGGGCCAAGGAGGCCGGAUGCAGCUCAGUGGCACGGGCUCGCUCGCGCACGCCCCCAACGACCAACGUCGGCUCCGUCAAUCGAGACCCCGGCAAGCGGGACAGGGAGGGCAUCACAAGAUCGGGAUCCAUUCGUGUCCAUAAUCGCGCAGGCUCGGUUAGGGCAAAGACGACAGCGGACGCAGGUUUGACGGACCUGCUUGGGCCCGCCACACGACGUCAGGUGGUGGCCGCAUAUCUGGCCGCUGGUUGGAUGGCGACGCUUGGCUCAGCGGCCGCACAAUCUCCCAAGGACCGCACCACUGUCUCUGCUCUAGACCACGGCGGCCUCUGGCCUGGCAAUCAAUCGCACACGCACUCGCACCUUACACACCAUCCUUGGCCUCUUAUUCCAAGGCCUCCGCAUCUCAUGCGCAUCAUGUGA